AUGCGCAGAAAAAGAAGAUUUAUCGAACCCAAAAUGGCGCAGGUUCAACAAGCUUCUUCUUCGCAUUCAUCCGUUCGAGACGGAGCCUCCUCGGUGGCUUCUGGCGGCGGCGGCGACGGAGUGAAUCACGGUGCUUUCUGUUCUCUCUACGUCGGAGAUCUGGAUAACAAUGUGACGGAUUCUCAUCUCUAUGACUAUUUCACGGAGGUGUGUCAGGUCGUGUCUGUUCGUGUUUGCCGUGACGCUGCCACCACUACUUCUCUUUGA